CUCAGCUCUACAGACGAAAAAAUAACUUUGAUUUUCGUAAUCUCGUUGGGAUAUCAACGACUUGUUGGCUUUUCGGUGAAAGUAACUGCAAAAGUCAACGUUUUGUUUAACUUUGACUCUCCCUAGCGACAACAUUUUGUUACAAAUUGCGGAGGAAUCUGAUUUGUGUGUACUCAUCCUAUUUACGGCUCGUGUUCUUCUCGGUGAGCUACACAGUAAUAUGCGAAAUCGGCUUUUCGAAUAAUUGAGAGAACUGUCGAAACUACUUCUAAAUUGUGGUCGACAGGAUAUUAAAAACAUUCAGUUAUCGCGGCAGGGAUUCCGCAGUUGUUAACAUUCGUCUUUAAUUAUUAAAUUUGUUUGCUUGGAAGGUCUAGUUUACUUAGCGACUUGAGGACUUGACCAUUUAGUUGCCAAGACACCAACGAGGAAAGAUGACUACUCGGGGUUCGCCGAUUCUUGUGCCUCGUUACAUGGAGAAAGAUUAUCUCCAGAGUUUAAACGAUCGCUUUGCUUCGUACAUAUCUCGCGUGCGACAAAUGCGCGAGCAAAGCGGCCGUAUGGAAACAGUAAAUCUUACAAACACGACCAAGAUUCUAGAGGAUGAGAUGGUGGCUCUGAAGGGCAUGUACGAACGUCAACUAGAGGAACUGAGGAACAAACUCGAAGAAAUGGCUCGAGAAAGAACACAGCACCAAUUGGCUGCAGCGAAGAAUUCUGCCUUAGUGGCAGAGCUUCAGGACAAGUAGGUCUAAAACUUAAGUUUGAUUGUAAUAAAAAAGUAAACAAUAGUUUCUCCCCACAUUUUCCGGUUUGAUACGCUCACCAAAAGGUAACUGAUUUUUUUUUUAAUUCAAUAAUUUAUUUACCCAAUCACUCAGUUACUUUUGAUGUUUUAGGGGAUGUGAUGAAAAUGCCCAAACAUAAAAUUUCAGGAUGGGUGGGACUAAACAGCUCUCUUCUGACCCCUUGCCUUGCUCCUAAUAUGCUUAGGAUGGGAGAAAUUUCAUCAUAAGUUAAUCCGUUUUUUGGUCAAUCUAAUCAUUUAUUUUCCUAUUCAUUUAGUUACUUAUAAUGUUUUUGGGAUUUGGUGAACUUGCCAAAGAAAACUAUACAUGGACUGGGGGGAGGGGUGGGAACAAAAUAGGUCCUUACCUCCCCCAUUCCUUUAGCCCUCUAAAUGGUGUUCCUAGGAUGGGAGAAAACAGAAUCAGUUAAUGAAAAAAAGAAAAGAAGUAGAUAUCCUUAAUUAGUGCUCUUGGACUUAGAGCCCUUCAGCACAUCUUAUCUGUGCACCAUUUUAUCAAACAAAUUAAAUCUCUUGCUAGGGUGUGCUUUAGCAGGCAAUAUAAGUAAUAUACAGAUUGUUGCAAUUUUGAAUAUUCUUUUGUCUGAAUCAGAUUAGGGGAAGAGACCAGUGCCCGCCAAAAGUUAGAAAAUGCUCUAGCAGAUGCCCAGCGAGUUAUUGCAGAAAAGGAGGCGCUGUUACAGGAUGCUAGAGUCACCACCACUCAACAUCAGAAUGCCCACAUGGAUACAAAACGAGACAGAGAUGGGCUUCAAACUGCCUUGACACAAACUCAGCAAGCCCUAGAUACUGAGGUAGCAGCAAGAGCUGAUCUCCAGACUUUGGCCAAUCAGCUCAGGGAUAAACUCAACUUUCAGCAGCAGCUUCAUGAAAAGGUGAGAACCAAUUAUAAAAUUAUCAUUGAUUUUUCAUCGAUAAUUAUCUGUUAGAUACCAUGUUUCACCUUAAGCAACAAGAUGCAAAUUAGUGUGCUUGUCUUUUAGGAGUUGCACGAAAUGCGUUGUCGUCUGGAUGAUGCUGAAAGGACUAUCUUGUUGGCUGAGGAAAGAUUGCAUGAACACAACAUUAUUGAUGAAAACUUGUCAGCUAUGUUGGCCAAAGUGAAGCUGCACAGUGAUGCAGAGUUACGAAGAUUCAAAGAAGAGGCAGAAAUCUCCUAUCACAAUGGGGUAAGUACAAAAAAUCCUUCAAUGUUAACUUUUAUAUCACCUAUAUCACUCUUAGUGGGCUAAUGUAUUUGUUUAGUACAAAUAAUACUCCACCCUUAUGUUGAGAAGAGUUGAUGAAGUGUCUCACCUGUAGAAUUCAGUUUAGUUGAACCAUCUUAAAUUUGUAAUUUAUUUUUAAAUUAUAUGACUGAAACCUCACCCCAUACCACUGUGAUAUCUUGUGUAAAAGAGCUGAGUCCAACUGAACAUAACCAAAUUUCAUGUUAGCCAUAAGAGAUUAAAACUGAGAAAUAUUUUACUACUUUAACGGCAGGCCUCCUAAAGUUCAUGCCAUAUACAUGUAAAAAAAAUUUAACUUGGAAAAGGCAUGUAGCAAUAUUUCAACACUGAUGUUAUCAAGCACUUGCAGAAGGUCUUUUUGUGACCUAAAAUUCUAAAAAGUUUCUAGAAAAAAUUUAGUCACAAAAAUGGUGAAAAAUAUUAAGGAAAUUUUGUGAAACAUUACUUAUAUUUUUGUGCCAGUGUUUGUCUCACUUUAAUUUUAGACUUUCAAAACACUUCCUCUGAAACUGGUAUCUUUCAGCUGCACAUGCCGUCAACAAAAUUUUUUCCGCUCACCAUGAUUAAAAAUGGUUUCAGCUUGGAGUUUGAUGCAGGUACCAUUAAUUUUGAUGUAUACAAAAUUUUUUCCACUUGGUGCAGAUGAACCAGAUCCGAGCACAGUUGGAUAAUGAAAGCAGAAACCUUGCAGCUGCCACAGACGACAACAUCCAUUUGAAGGCUCAAGUUGAGUCUCUGCAUUCUAAGAACAUCAACCUUGAAGCUAAGGUAUCUAUAGUAAAUAUCACAAAUACCCUGUACCUUGAACUUCCUUCAUUAGCAUUAAUCAAUAAUUGGCUGAAAUUUUCUCAGUAAUUUUUUCAAUCAAACAGAUAACAAAGAUUAUCUAGUAAGUGAAAGAGUUUGUGAAUACAUACUUGUAGGUCCUCCCCAUUAGUGCUUUGGCAUGAGUUUGCCCUUUAAGAUAUGAGGUCCUGAGUAACAUAAACCAGUGAGAGGUUUGCAAGGAGUCAACUCUUUAACUCCCAAGAUCUCAUCAGUAAUUCUCUCUUCUGUUUGCCAUACAAUUCUUAUGAUGUUAGCUUGAAGAAUUUGGUAUUGGGUCAACUAAUAAUCCCCUAAAUAAUCUUUUUCUUUAUUUUCAUCGCUUGUGUCCUUGAUAUUGUAAGCAUAGGAUAUUGUGAGGUGAAAUUCUAUCUUGGUCACUCGUGGGAUUUAAGGGGUUAAUCACUGCUAUUAGUGCCAGACCCUCAGUGGCCAACCUCUCCUCAACUCUGGUGACUCAUCUCAGAUCAUCCCACUGGUGACAAAGCAGGCACCCUGCAGCACAAGUAAUGAGAGCUUGCCCUGAAGCUAUGAAAGAGACUUCUCAUUUGUUUGCUGUGGUGACAUCACUGUUUAUGUUCAGCAAGAAAUUUAAAAGCUCCAUUGUUAUAAAUUUCUGACAUGUGCUUUUAGAUAUGCCCUGUCAAAAAAUAUUUGAUUCUUAAAUGAUAAACAAUGAAAAUAACUAAUUGAACUCAUUUUCUAGUGUUCCAGUUUGGAGGCCCAAAAUGCUGGCCUUAUUCAAAACCUGGAAAUGGAGCGCCAGCAGGCUGCAAACACUAUAAAGAAUCUGGAGGCUAAGUUGCGAGAGCUGCAAGAAGUCCUAAUGGCCAAGGUGCGGGAGCUGGGGCUGGCAUACAAUGCCCAUCUACCACUUGACUUAGAACUGGAUGCAUUUGCCACUUUACUGGAGGCUGAGGAGAGAAGGUGAGCAAAAUUUCUUUUCCUGACCUGCAACUAGAAUGUUACGUAAACCAUGAAUGAAAGAGCUUAUAAAAAAGCCAUCAUGUUGUUGUACCAUGCUUAGAAUCAUUAAAUUUUAAAAAACUGUCACAGUUUGCAUGGUGAGUCUAGUAAGUAAAAUGUAUGGUGACCUAAGCAUUAACUUUCCAGUGAGGAAGCAAGGACAUGAUACUAUUAUGCAUCUCCCCUUUUUCACCCAGCAUCAUUCUCUGCCUGAAUAAGUUCUCAGCCACAUCCCUAUUUUCUAACUAUGACUUUGUUUCUUUCGACAAAAAUGUUUUAACAGUUAUUGAUUAGUUAAGACUUUUCCCAUGAUUUGGUAUGUGUGCAGUACAAUAUUAUUGUGCAUCAAACUUUUGGCCCAUUUCUCAUCAUUCCAGGUUAAACCUGGCCAUGGAAAGCAAGGUACCUCUUACUCCAGUACGCUCGCGUACCUGGCAUGCCACUACAGAGAAGGUUCCUAUCCCAACUGUCAAACGACCAGCUACCACUCUGGGUAUCACACAUCCCCCUGCUGUUACAAGUACUGCAGUGAUAAGGCGUCCUGUGACACGACCCAAGACUACAGCAGGUACUUAAUGCUGAUGUAAAAUAAUGUUAAGUCUUGAAUGAUUAUUUGUUUUAUGUGGCAAUUAUAGCUUGAUGCUUCAAAACUUUUGUGAGGUUUCCUUGGAAAAAUUCCAGUUAUUUUUAAUUGAGUGCUGGCAUUGGAGAAAAGUACUUAAAUUGAACCAAUGAAUUUCAGAUGAUUGUCUGGACUUUCUUCAAGUUUUGGAGUUGAUGGAUGUUUCUGAAGCAGGGCCCAUAACCCUGCAAAGUCAUUGCCAACCACCAGCUUGCAAUUAUAUUUCUGUUUUGUGAUGGGUGUAUAUAUAUACAGAAAGAUCAGUCAAGCUUUAAUCUAAAGUUGGCACUGUUCUUCAACUUGGAUAUAUUGUAAUGAUGUAAAUACAUUUAAUUCUAUGCUCACUAAAAGAAAUUUAUAAACUUUAAACUUGAAGCCAGGAAGUAACUUCAUGUUUACUGUGAUUAAAUGUCAGGCACUUUGACUGGCACAAAAGUAAAGCCUGUAGUUCAGCCCAUAACAACUAGCAGUCCAUACCGCCACUCCUGGUCCUAUGUACCAAACUUUGUGGACUAUCACAGCCCUACUUCAAGGUGAUUUAAGUUUCUUGUAUUUUAUUAUAGAUGUAUGGUCCGUAUGUGUGUGAUGUAUUUUAAAGUGCCAGGCAGGGAUGAUAAACUGCCUGGUUUUGCAGUUAUUCAAAUGCAUAGAUCUUGAAGAACAGAAAAAAAUUUCAUUUCUGAGGAAGAUGCAUACAGACUUAAGUCUGGGGCAUUCUCUUGAUAAUUGGUGAUUAUGUUAUGUCCAUGCACUGUCAAAUCAAAGAUUAUCCAAUGAAAGUCACCUUGGUUUUAAUGCUACUACUGGGUAUUCGAAGGAAAGAGUGAUGAAAGCACUACAGUGACUGUAGACAUUACAGAGCAACAAGGUCUUUGGAUUUAUACAGACCACUCCUCCUUUUGUGUACUCAUGCAUCACUAGCUGUGGUGCCUCACUCUUCACUAGGAAGUUUUUGAGUGACUGAGUUGAAACUAUAAAUUGGGUCCCCUUAAAUUGUUUCUGAUGGUUAACAAUGCCAAUUAAUAUACCAAGGGUAAACCAAUAAAAUAUUAUUUGCAAGAGAGCGUUAAUUUUUGUAGGCUUACAUGUAUUUGCUACUAACAUGAUUUAUAUGAAAAUGCACUGAUGUUAAAUAACAGCUGCCUUUCUAGCAAUUAAGCAUUUUGUUUUGGAUUAAACCCUUGAUAGAAUGUUAGUUUGAAAUAUAUGGUUGAAUUUUUUUUUUUCAUUGAAAAAAGUUCCCAAAAGGCCUGUUUGUAACUUAACAGUUGAAUCCAAUUUGAGGAGAACUAAAUCAAAGUGUCUAACACAGAUCUUUUCCAUCAUUCUGGGCCAGUCGAUGUAAACAGUUAUUGUUGUUCCCAAAACUGUUCAAAAUCAAAUUCCUGAAUAAUUUUAUACCACACAUUCACCAGUCUGACUCUGGUUAUUCUGUUUCUUUUGGAGGUCUCGCUUUCUUCGGAGCCUUCCACGCACACUGGCCCAGUAUGACUUCUUCAAGAUUUACCAUUGAGAACAAUACAGUGCCACAUGAUGACAUUUUGUUUUUGCUCAUUACUAUUGAUAUGCAAAUUUGCCCUCCCCUUUGCAACACAAAGUUCAGCUCAAGUCAACUAUGGUUUAGAUUAUUUCAGAUCCCCAUUAAAUUUGUAUCUAGCUCAUGUUUUGCUAUUGCAGACAGUGGUUCUGCAGUCCAAUUAGUAGACUGAGUUUAUUUAUUUUACCAGGUACCAUUUGGGCAAUGUUUUAUGGAUGAUGUUUUAUUUGAAUUUUAUUAACAAGGCAAAAGAGUGGAUUUUAAAAAUUUUUAUUUUAUAUCUGUCAGGGCUUUUAAACGCCACCAGCUACAAAGUAUUUUUUCACGAAUAUUUGACAAUUUUUUUUUAUUUUCAAACUCUGCGGUGCAAACAUUUAUAUAGUGGAAUUUAAUUGCCACUCUUAAAUUUUUCUGGUCCAAUCUAGUAGAGCAUCCCCUUGAAUUUUGUCACCAAGUUUGUUUCUUUUUUUUUUAAGUUCAUUCAAGUUUACUUUUUUUUUUCUGAAAAUGUGAGUGUUGGUUAUAUGAUAAGUCCCAUAAUGCUUUACUCAGAGUCUAUUGUAUCCAAUAGCACAACAAUUUUAAAUGAAUUUUUAGAUGAACAAAAGUUAACAGACAGUGAUUAUUAUAAUAUGUCUCUUUUGAUUUAAAAUUUUGGAAGUGACAUAAAUUUGAUUUAAAAACAUUUGUUUGAUGUUAAGUUUGAAAAAAAUAUCAGAUUUUACAAAUAGGUAAAGAUUAUGUUGAAAUUAUAUCACAGUAAUUAUUAUUCUGAAUAUUGUUGAUUUAGGAGAUGCACAUUUUAUUAAUCUUUAUUAUUUAUUGUUGAAAUAACAGAAUUGAGAAAUUUUAUUCACUUAGAUAUAUUCCUAAUGUGGAUUUUUAUUUGAUUGAAUCACCCAAUCUUAUUUAUUGCAAAUUAGAAGUAAGUACAGGAAUCAGACAUCAUGAUAAAUUACAAAUCACCAAUAAGAGUUUAAUCAGUUAUCUUAAAUAUUUCCUUUUUGAUAUUCAAGAAGAUUUGGAUAUUUAUAUAUAUCUAGUUUAGAUUCUGCUUCUUUCCUUUUUACACUGAUAACAUUGAAUUUCUAUCUCACCGUUUACAAGAAAGUAUGGGCAUUUUUUCACUUGUAUGCCGACAAACACCUUAUCACACAUGUUGAUGCAUUUUCUAUUAUGAUAAAAUUUUCAUCAAUCGCUUUGUAACACAUUAGAUAUUACAAUGAUUUUGUCAAUAAAGUCAUUUUUCACUAAAUUAUGCAGGAUUUUUAAAGUUGUUGAUGUUAAAUUUUUUUUAUUAGAUUUUAAAUACUUUCAACUAAUGACUUUGAUUUUUCAACCACAUCAAUCGGCAAUUUAGCUACUUACCCUCAUUUAAGAGUUGAUUCGACUUUCACAUAGUAAGGAAAAAAUCAUUAUCCUAAGGGUAGACAAAGAAGUUAUUACCAUGUCUAAGAAUUUAGCAGGUACCAAAUAUGUUGAGAUAUGUUUCUCGACAACGAACAUCGCUGCAAACUAAGAAAACCCUUAACUUCUAUAGACCAAAUUUAAGAUAGCUAUCAAAACGAGCGAGUAUAAAAAGGCCCCUUUAUGUUCAGCGAUCUCAUGGUGCAAAAGAGACCUGGCUGAAGGGCCAAUUUGCGCCUUGGACAUCCCAACAGAGCGAUUUUUUUUUCUGUUUGGAUCCCACAGAGCACAGUUGGUUCUCAUGCCAGGUAUUUUUUAUCACGUGAUCACUGGCUGCGAAGGGUAUAUAACAUUCAUUCUGUCUUGCUUACAUUAUCCAGUCAUACAGGAAAUGUCCGUAUCUUGGAGGUGAACCCCGAUGGCAACUAUGUGAGAAUCUUCAACACAUCCGGAUUCAAAGUGAGUUCAUUUCUGACUUUUAAGGUCCAUACGUUUAUCGCUCUUUAGAAAGUGGUCAAAACUGAGUCUCAAUUCUUGCCGAUGAACUGUGCCUCAUAUAGGGUUUUGGUGAUUUCAGAACUAGCCUUUCUCUUAACUUUUUCCUCCAUUACUUUAACGGUGAUGUGCUAAUAAUUCCCAAUCCUAAGAGUGCUGUGCGCGCCGUGGCUCACUAGGUCUUCCUGUCAAUAGCUCUUUCCUCUAACGUCCCGUUAUCCUGGCCGGUGGAGAUUCAUGUAUAAUAUCUGAGUUGCAAAGCGUUGGAAAUUGUCAGUGGGUAACAAAGUCACGAAAAUUCUUGCUAUCUUCGUGACGUAUCCUCGUUUUUUUUCCCAGGAUGAAGAGAUUGGCGGGUACAUGGUUCAACAGAAUGUAGCUGGUAGGCCUGUGACAGUCUUCCGUUUUCCUCCAAGAACCCGGCUCAAGGCAUUGUCACAUGCUACUGUAAGUAUCUCCACCCACAAAUGGAGUACAUACUAAGGUGGAAAGCAUUAAAAAAAUUCGAGAUUCGCCCAUCGAUAUCAAUGAUUUACACGUUAUUAUGUCAUUGGUAGGUAUGUUAAUUUGCCUCAAACUGAAUGACGUGCAUUGUGGCCUCGCUUGGUGAUUUAUUUUUACGAAAAUGAUAGCUCAACUCCGCGGCAAAAUAUAAUACCACAAUUCUCCUUUGGAUAUUCUCUCUGCCUAUCUACGUAAUGAAAAUGAUCUGGUUGAAUAACGCCUUGCCCUUUGCUGUUGCCCGUUAUAGGUGUGGUCAGCUGCUAGCUUGACCAGGCACAACCCUCCAUCAGACUUCUUGUGGAAAGAGCAGCACAAGUGGGGAACUGGACCGGAAUGUACCACAAUACUUUGCAAACCAAAUGGACAGGUAAGCCUUCACUUUUUGCAUUGUGGUCAUCGUCUUCAUUGUUGCAAAUUGUUUUAUUAUCCUUUAAGACAAUGGAACUCGAAAUAUAUCUUUUCUUUAAAUUCUGUAGGCUGUGGCGUGGACAACUGCUGCUUAUCCAUUUGGCGUCCCGAACCAAAUUCCCACGCGGGACACAGGACCGAUUACCCUACCAGAGACUGGGGAGCCUGCUAAGGAGAAGACAUUUCCUCGUUCUCCAAGGCAUGCAUCAACGUAUUCUCAUUUCUCUCCACAACAUACACAAUUACAGAAAAAGUAGACAAAUUAGUCCGGAGUUUUCAGUUUCUUGUGGUAACUGCGUCUGUUUUUUUCUCAAGUGUGGUUAUCAGCUUGUUGACAUAUUUAAUUGCUAUACGAGCGACCCUUGAAAGGGUGUCGGUUCUCCAAUUUUUCUUUUGGUUUAAUUCCUUCACUGUUGUCACUGAUGAGCUGCGUAUGCAACUCAACGGAUGUUUAAUCUGCUAAACAUCCACUUGGGCUUGUUGACUUCAGGUGCCCAAAAAGGGUUAUAAAUGGCGACCAUAUUUAUUGGAAUGUCUCGUUUCCUUUAGGUCUAAAGUUCCUGACCCAUUGCCAAAAGAAACAGAAGGUAAACCUUUCUCAAAUCCCCCAACUGACCCUCUCCAUCCGCACACUGUACAACCCAGGACCAAGAUUGGCGGCCAUGAUGCCAUGAGCAUGCACCCACAAGCGAGAUCACAGACUGAGAGGCCGGACCCUUCUGGGGCUAGUCGAACUGGAGGAGCUCCUCUAAGAAAGUUUACUGGGACUUCUCUACCAAAUAGCAAGGUAGGUUUUAAAUUUAAGGUUGUCCAAUAAAUACGUACAAAUCUUAUGGUAAAUCACGGGGCGAUGUAAAGUAGAAGCAAUCCAAAACUUGAUCGGAAAUUGGUCUUAAUACCUUAGUUAGUGAUCCUAUUAGAAAUCUGUGAUGAAUUGAGAUAAUGUACGUUGGUUACUAAUAUUUGCUAAUGCAUCAUUGUCCACUCAGAGUUCGACCUCUAAAAAUGGCCAGAGAGGGUCCAUACGAGUUCUACCUGCAACAGACUUCAGUUCACCGUCACAGCAACAUCAAGACAGACUAAGUCAAAUCAACAGUCAUCAAAGAGUGGAGUUCGCACCACCAAUGCCAAGGCCCUACGUUAUUGCUGACACAUGGUAAUGGAUUGGGAAGAAAUUGUUUUAAUGCUAUCGAAAUAUUGAAGUAAAACCGUGCUCUAAUGAAUCAAAUUUAUAAAUUCUGGGUUACAACUCAAAUUAGCUUUUUGAAAUACAGUGUAUUUCCCUCCGUUUCCAAUAUUAUUUUUAGUUUGAUGGGAAUUGGAGAUUUCAAUCGCCCCCUUUCACUUUCCACCAUUCAAACUCAGACUGGGAGGUUUAUGGAGUUUUUAGUAUUUUCAACCACAAAAAUGCAACCCACCUCUCUCUUGAUAUGCAUGUAGUCUUCCUUUUCAUUUUAUUAUUUUUUUAAAUUGUUUCUUUUUGUCUUCUAAAUAGAUUCACACAUUCCCAAAGGAAAAAAUGAUGGAAAGAAUAGUUUGGAGUGAAGUAAUGAUGACAUUUCGUUGUUCUCACAGGAAUUUUCGCUGCAAUAAAUUUUUCAAACUACACGAAACAAAAAUUGUAAAUAAACAGUCACUAUACAUAUAUGAAGGAGCUAAGGGCAUUGUCAUGUGAUGAGCGCACUAUUUUUCAAAGUGAUAGAUUGUUACUCAGUUAAAUGUCAACAAAGUAAGAGGAUAAGAUUCCUUGAUCCUCUUUUGUGUAGAAAGUGAUAAUUGGAAACUUUCUCUUUGCGAUGAAAGUAUGGAGCCCCUCAGAAUUUCUUUUUAAUCUAACUCCUAAGAAAAGCUCUCAAAGUACCUUAAACAAUACUUUCCAUUUAUCUGGAUCAAAUGUAGUAAAGGAAAUUUGAUCGUGUACGAGAUACACCCUAUUCUUCAAGUAUAAAUUCUCUUUUUCAAGGGUGAAGACUCAGAAAAAUUAAAAAUUAUCCGAAAUUGUUUUAAUCUUGGUGCUUAUGUUUCAUACUGGUGGAAUUUUAAAAAACAUUCUGGCGAAAAAUUUUGAUACGUGUGGUACUUCUCAAGUCGGAAUUGCCUUGACCAAAAUCUGAGUUGGAAUGUAGAUUUCAUGGUUCUGUUCGAAAAAAAGUUAAUGUCAUGUCUAAGGAUUUUUUAAACGUAGAAACAUGGAUUACUUCGCUUUAGCGCUGCAUUAAUCAUGGCCUUAAGUAUGACAUUCAAGGAAUAUGGUACAGGGUCCUUUGCUCCUUCCGUUUGUUCUCGUUUAAUUUACAGUUAUUUCCCCUUGCGGGAUGGGUGGGACAUCUACAGACUAUUGCUAUCUAUGUGGUGUGCGUGCGUGUUAGAUCACGUGGGUUGGUUUGAGCU